UAAAAAAUAAAAUCACAAUUUUGCUAAAAUGGUGAGACCUAAAGGAAAUAAAGAGAAAAAAGAUAACGGGGAUCGUUACAAAGGUGUAAGGAUGAGGAAAUGGGGAAAAUGGGUAGCAGAAGUACGGCAACCAAAGAGCCGUGACAGAAUAUGGUUAGGAUCUUACGAUACGGCGGAGGAAGCGGCGAGAGCUUACGAUGCGGCGGUCGUUUGCUUACGUGGACCAUCGGCGACGAUUAAUUUUCCAAAUGAUCCUCCACUUAUUCCGUCGUCAGCGCCUAAUUGUGAUCAGCCGCAAUUGUCGCCGUCGCAAAUUCAAGUGGCGGCGUCGAGACAUGCGCGUAGGGUUUGUGAAUCAGCUGUUGUAGAUUCUAGAUUACCAGCUGUGGAAACUGUGUUUUUUAGAGAUAAUAAUAAUUCAGAGUUUGGUUGUUCUUCUUAUGUGGAUUGCUAUAAUUUGGCUACCACGGAUAAAACAAGUACCGGAGAUGGUGAAGUUUUGCAUGAUGAUUUAUUUGAUAGUGCUAGAAUGUGGACUUUCUGAAUUAAAAAAAGAAAAAAGAGUAUUUCGGUGCACAAAGUAUCUCGCGUUUAUGUUGGGUUCGGAAAAAAGCCGCACCUCACCUCGGGCUCACCUCGGGAGCUGUGAUAUACAGUUUGGCUGUUUUGCUGGCUUGAAUCCAUGACUGUUUCCGUAGCUCGAACACUAUAGUUAGACAACUAUUAGUGUACUUUCUGAUUAGUAGUAGGAUUAAUUAAGCACCUUCUCAUCAACUUUUAGUUCCAACUUUUACUAAAUUUGUUGCUUAUUAGGUUUAUGGGUACUCUGUUGUCUACUGGACUAGAUAAAUUCAUUUUACCUUGCAAAAUCUAAGUAAAAUAUUUUGCGAGGUCUUGGCAAGCUACCACUCUCUCUGUUCUCAAAUUUAUGUGAACGACUGGACACAUAUUUUAAAAAAAUAAUUUUUUUUUAAAUUUGUGAUCCUGAGUUAAAAAAGGCUCACAGUAUUUAUGUGGUUAUAAUUUUUUUAUAAUUUUUUUUAUUAAUGAUAGAAUUGUAAGUUUAAGUA